AGGAACCACUGCCUGGAACUUUGAUCUGUGCUGCCACUGCUGGGUUCAUACUGAUCACAGACCACACCAGACCCUUCUGCUCCACCGGAAGAGCCAGGGUGGCCGGUGUGCACCUGCUCAGCCCCUCACGGAGAUGCUGCCCAGAGCCUGGCUACCCUGGGCCUGCCUCCUGCUCCUGGCCAGGCACGCCCAGCCCUGCCCGGAGGGGUGUGACUGUUUCAUCGGGGAGGUGUUCUGCUCUGAUGAGGGGCUGGCUGCCAUCCCGCCAGACCUCCCACCACACGCCACAGACGUCAUCUUCGUAGAGACCUCGUUCGCCACGGUGGGAGCUGGGGCCUUCAGCGGCAGCCCCAACCUGACCAAGGUGGUCUUCCUCAACACGCAGCUCCGCCACUUGGGGCCGGACGCCUUUGGGGGGCUGCCCAGGCUCCAGGACCUGGAGAUCACUGGCAGCGUCUUCUCCAACCUCAGCACCGACACCUUCUCCAACCUGACCUCGCUGGGCAAGUUCACCCUCAACUUCAACAUGCUGGAGGCCCUGCCCGAUGGCCUCUUCCACCAAAUGGGCGCCCUGGAGUCUCUCCAGCUGCAAGGCAACCGGCUCCAGAGCCUGCCCGGGAGGCUCUUCUGGCCCCUGGCCUGUCUGAAGACCCUCAACCUUGCUCAGAACCUGCUGGCCCGGCUGCCCGAGGAGCUGUUCGACCCCCUCGGCAGCCUGCAGACCCUGAGGCUCAGCAGCAACGCGCUCUCCAGCCUGCCCCAGGGCGUGUUUGACAAACUGGGCUGCCUCCAGGAGCUCUUCCUGGACGGCAACUCCAUCUCCGAGCUGCCGCCCACGGUGUUUUCGGGGCUGUUCCGUCUGGAGAAGCUGUGGCUGCAGCACAACACCAUCAGGCACCUGCCCGGCUCCGUCUUCUCCUCCCUGGGCCGCCUGACCUUCCUGAACUUGCAGGGGAACGCGCUGCGGACGCUGCCCGCCGGCCUCUUCGCUCACACCCCCGCCCUGGUCAGCCUGUCUCUGUCCUACAACCAGCUGGAGGCUGUCGGCGAGGGCACCUUUGCCAACCUGUCCAGCCUCGGUUCCCUCACGCUCUCGCACAACGCCAUCGCCUGUCUCCCCGCCGGCGUCUUCAGAGACCUGGAGGGGCUGGUCAAGCUCUACCUGGGCAGCAACAACCUGACAGCCUUGCACCCAGCCGUCUUCCAGAACCUGUCCAAGCUUGAGCUGCUCAGUCUCUCCAGGAACCUGCUGACCACGCUCCCCGAGGGCAUCUUUGACACCAACUACAACCUGUUCAACCUGGCCCUGCACGGCAACCCCUGGCAGUGCGACUGCCACCUGGCUUACCUCUUCAGCUGGCUGAACCAGUACAGCGACCGGCUCUUCAACAUCCAGACCUACUGUGCGGGCCCCGCCUACCUGAAGGGCCAGGUGUUGCCCGCCCUAAAGGAGGAACAGCUGGUGUGUCCCGUCACCCGGGACCGCUUGGGCAUCCAGGCCCCGAGGAUGGAGGACAGGGAGCCCGGGGAAAGCUGGGAUCUGGUAGCGGAGGAGAGGGCAGCUGGGAGCCGGUGCACCUACAGCAACCCCGAGGGCACCGUGGUGCUCGCUUGCGACGAGACCCGGUGUCGCUGGCUGAACAUCCAGCUGUCCCCGAGGCAGGGGUCGGGCUCCCCAGGACUGACUCACAAUGCCAGUCAGGAGUGGGACCUGAGGUCGAGCUGCGGCUCCGUGAGGCUCACUGUGUCUAUCGAGGCUCGGCCCGGGGGAGACUAAGUAUAGGGUCACCAAGCCUGGAGCCUGCAUGGAUGACCCCGGGGCCUGACCAGGUGGGAGGUGGGGGCGGAGGGGGAGCUGGUGCUUUGCUUUUUCAGAGGGACGGAGCUACAUCUCCAAGGGAGAAGAGGCCACGCGGCCAGCUCCACCAGCCAGGGUCCCCUCGUCCUCCUCCUCCUCUUCCAUGAUUACCACCCCAGCUCAGAGGCUGAGAGACCUACUGAGACCUGCCUCUGCCUUCCUCAAGCUUUGCAAAGCAGCCGUUAAAGCUGCACCAUGGUCUGGAGAAUAAAAGAACAUUCUCCCUGG